UUUUAUAUAUCACAUUCGUGGUCGGUUUUCAAAAAGACCACGAUGAAAUUAAUAAUAUUGUUCUGUGUUUUACUACCUCUGAUCUACGGACAGGGACUCCAAGAGGACCCUCCAGAUGAUGUUGGAUCGCGUCGGGGAAAACGUUCACCACAAGGACUCUUGGAUAACACAGAAAUUCGUGUAAACGGUUUUCAAGAGGACCCCCCAGAUGAUGUUGGAUCGCGUCGGGGAAAACGAUCACCACAAGGACUUUUGGAUAACACAGAAAUUCGUGUAAAUGGACUCCAAGAGGACCCUCCAGAUGAUGUUGGAUCGCGUCGGGGAAAACGGUCACCACAUGGUUUUCAAGAGGACCCUCCAGAUGAUGUUGGAUCGCGUCGGGGAAAACGAUCACCACAAGGCCUCUUGGAUAACACAGAAAUUCGUGUAAACGAAAUCUUCGAUGAUAAAGUGGAUGGUGUUGAAUUUGAAAACCGCGGAAAACGUUCACCCGAGCUUUUCGACAACAAUAACAAUGGCGUUGAAUUUGAAUCCAUUCCCAGAGCAGCUGGUUUGAUUAGAAGGGCAAGAUGUGCUAAUCCACCACCAUCAGCUUUAAAACAAGGUAGAAGAGAACAUGACCCUAUCGAAUUAUCAGCCGUCACUUUUAUCCCACCACCGUACCCGUUAUUUUAAACCGGACUUAAACCCAGAUUAACGAUGGAAGACACAGAUUGAAUCAUUUUUAACUGUUAAUAAAUAAAGCAAUUUACGCAUAUAAAA